ACUUUUUUACAUCCCUGCUUACGUUUGGCUGGCAUAGCCUAAUUUCCGCAUUCCCAAAUCCUCCCAGAUUGGGAUCACGUUUUAAAUCGGGCUGAUGCAACGAUUUCCACUUUUUAAAAUCUACUCUCGACCCUCGGCUGACCAGAAGAAAGGACAUUUGUUGCACCUGGGAUCAAAGUCAGCUGUGGUCACGACCGAGUCUGACGCGAUGCCAGGACAAAUCCCAGAUCCCUCUGUGACAGCAGGCUCCCUGCCCAGCCUGGGCCCACUAGCUGGGAUCUCAGCCACCACUUUGACUGACAAGCUCAAAUUUGGUGACUUCCAGGAGUUUGGUACAAUGCUGUCACCUCUGCACUUCCUGGACAGCUUGGGGAAGAGGCCCCUAGUGAUCAAAACAGAGAGAGAUGAAGAGGAAGACAGGAGGAAAAGAAGGCGAGAGAAAAACAAAGUGGCUGCAGCUCGCUGUCGAAACAAAAAGAAAGAAAGAACAGAUUAUCUACAAAAGGAAUCAGAGCGACUAGAGAUGUUAAACUCUGACCUAAAGGCCCAGAUUGAAGAGCUGAAGCUCGAACGACAGCAGCUAAUCCUCAUGCUCAACCGGCACCGCCCCACGUGUAUCGUCAGGACCGACAGCGUCAAAACCCCGGAGAGCGAGGCCAACCCCCUGCUGCAGCAGCUGGAGGCCAAGUGAAUCCUGCAGUUUACAGUUGAGAAGAAGAAGCAGCCAACUAGCAGCACUUAGCUUUGGAGAAGUCCUCCCACCUUAACUCACAGAGCCACAAAAUGUGGAUCCAAUAACAUUGGACACUGGUUUGGCAGUUAAAUCUUACUUUUUGUUCGUCUUCUUUGCUUUCCCAUUUAUUUGUUGUUGUGGUCACCAGAGCUCCAGCCACUGUCGGUAUGAAGUCAAACCAAACAAACACAACACAGCUAUCGGCACAUCUUUGCAUUUUGACGUUUCUGGGUGUUUUCCUUUAGGCACAAAGCUAAAAAAAUAGCUGACACAGAGGCGUAAAAAGCAAAUUUAGCACAACGAAUGGCAACCGGACAGAGCUUGUCCAACUAACCAGAGUGAAUCUGGGGUUUGCUUUCAUCAGGGAGGACGGGCCGAGUUUGAAUGUUGUGUUUAAACACCCUGAGCGACAAUUCCUGCAUAGUGUGCCUUUUACAUUCCAUACAUAUAUCCCAUAUAUUUUCUUUUAACUUGAGCCAUCGCUUCAUUACAGGAGAGAAUUGGGGCCAGGUAGGAGAAAAAAAUAAUGAGAGGAGGAUUUUUUUCAUUAUGCCGUUCGAGAAAAAAGUCGAGAUGACGAGAAUAAAGUUGAAAAAUGAUUUCCAGAAAAAAAGUCGAAAUCACAAGAAUAAAGUCAACUUUUUGUGUUCAGUGAAGUUGAAAAGAUAUUCACAGAUUUGUGUCAAUAAGUCAUCAGAAUAACAUUUUCAGAGAAACGGCACAUGUAUCCGAACAGUUAGGUAGAUUUUCAUCAAUGUCAUAAAAUGAGCAAUAACUACAAUAUUAAACAGUGUAGUAGUACUAAAAUCCCCCUACACACACAUGAGCUAUUCUUGGACAUAUAUUGUUUUAUAUACGUAUUUUCUUGACAUUGUAUUUCAGCUUUAUUCUCAACAUUUCAACUUUUUUUUCGUAGUUAAUAAUGAUUCACUUUUUUCUUCUACCUGGCCCUAAUCCUCUUCUGUACUUAUACAGAAUAUACAUAUUUCCAGCAACUAAAAUUGAUUUUUUUCCCCAAACCAAAAAAUAAUUAGCUAAUUUACAAAGAAUUUUAAAAGUCUAACCUAAAAAACUAGCUAUAUGUGAUUAAACAUCUGCAUAUUUCACCAUGUCACAUAUAACUGUCACGUUUCCAUGUGAGGCAGGAGUGAUAACCUAAGAGCACAAUAUUUCUAUACUCUAUGUGAUCAGUAUACAAAGACGUAUCUUUUUUUAAAUGGACAGUUCACCCCCAAAUCAAAAAAUACUAUUUGGGAACUAGAUGGCACUCGCUUUGAGCACCAUCAAGUUUCAUUAUAUUUAAGAAAGACACUUCUACAAUAUUUUCAACACUCUGCAACUCACAGUGAAACAGUGGUGGAAUGAAACUAAGUGCAUUUACUCAAGAACUGUACUUAAGUACAACUUUGAGGUACUGGUACUUUACUUGAGUAUUUCCAUUUUACGUAACAUUAUACUUCUACUCCACUACAUUUUGAGGCAAAUAUUGUACUUUUUACUCCACUAAAUCUAGCUGACAGCUUUAGUUGUCAGGACACGAUUUAACAUAAAAAAACAUACAUUUAAAGUAAGUAGACAUUUUUUUUAAAUUAAACCUCAUAAUAGUAUAUUAAGUAGUUAAAUGAGAAACACUGCUUGUAUUAAUGCAUCACCGAUAAUAUAUUUGGAAUAUAUAAAACAAUCUGAGUGGGUCCAUUCUGCAUAACAAGUACUUUUACUUUCGAUACUUUAAGUACAUUUUGAUGCUGAUACUUUUUUACUUUUACUUCAUUAGGUUUUGAAUGCAGGGCUGUUACUUGUAGUGGAGUAAUUUCACAGUGUGGUAUUAGUACUUUUACUUUUUCCACCACUGCAGUGAAACCAUCUGGGCUGAUAAAUAGCACUACAGGUAGUGGUGUGAACUGUCCCUUUAAUGAGGGUUGCACUAUUUCUUCAACAUUACUCGGAGUGUCUUACCUUUGUUAAAAUGCAUUCUGGGAAUCAUAGGAAUUUUAGAUCAGUCUUAUAGGUAAAUUAAGUUUAAUGCUCACUCGAAAAAGUAAAUAGUCUAUUUUCCUAAAGCCUGUCCUUACACCUACAGACACAAGUUCUAUUACUACAUAAUAACCUUCAUCAUCCAUAAUCUUUUCUGUUCUUUCAUACAUGUGGUGGCAGAGUGGUUGAUCAUUUUUCUUUUUUUCCUAGUUUUUGGCGCAGGCGUCAUGUAUGCACAUUUAUAUAUAUAUGGACUGUUUACAUUGUACUUUAUUUUCUGUUACCAUAAUGUUACUACCAGUUAUGUUUUUUAUACUUUUGUAUAUGAUGUUAUAUAGGCAUAUAAGCUAUCAGAAAAAUACAUUUUGUAUUCCCUUAAGAAAUAAAUGUUUAGUUUGUUUUUUA